AUUUCCCCAAACAUAAACGCCAUCGUGAAACAGGUCACUAAAUGAGGACCACCUGUAUGUCAUGACCUUCAUUCCAUAACAAGGGUUUGAGAGAGCCGCCUGUGCCGGUCCAUCGAUGGACCUUUUAUCCUGGAGAACAUACCUUUCUAUAAUGCUCCUGUCAUGGGCCACCACCAGUGUGAUUGGGCAACUAGAAAGUCUGAAUGAUAAGAAGUUGGGAAACUCCACCUUGCUUGAGAUGAGUAAAAGAAAAGGCUACACCAGUAAGCCGCUACGAUCUGGGCAGCUGCUGCGAUCUGGUCCACGCGGACGGAGGAGAAACAUCUGGUCCUAUAAUCUUGGACACAGAUCCUUGGCUUUCUUGGUCGCUGGUGAGGUGGAAGUUGGAACACCGCCAUCUUUCGGUCUGGGUCCUGCCUCUGAAUAUCACUGUCACGGCUGCUGUGAAGCUGAGACGACACCUACCGGAAGGAGAAUUGCGGAGCCGGAUGUCCCAAACGCAAUUUUAAGGUCUAUUUCCAGGAAAGAGGAAUUAUCAAGAAUCGGAACUGAACCAAACUCUGUGGCUGACCGCUGCCUAGGAUGCUGUGUCUUUCCUCUGACUCCCACCCCAGCACCAGCAAGACAGACAAUGCAGCCUGGCAUUACAGCUGGCAUGGACGUCGCACCAAGGAGACAGACCCCUGAUCAGCCUUGGAGAAGGCAAACUCUGCGAGAGACGAGACCGGGAACCACUUGUAACCGGCACGGCUGUCCCCCGGACUGGAGCUCAGAGUCCUCCAGUUCCAGUGAAGAGGAUUUCCAUGAAAUGAGAAACCAGCGUGCGAGCAGAAGACGCCCCCCCCAAGGCGCAGGCCAGGAGACGCCUGCCACUUUCUGGGGUGCAGGUCACCGCUAGGGUUCUACUCGGACAGUUCCAGUGAAGAAGACUGAGUCUUGGGGGGACGCUCGUUGAUGCCAAACCCAGAGGGAAUUCUGCUGGGUGACACCAUCACAGGGGGACAGUAAUACUUCAGGAAAACCGUAAACUUGAGGCCACAAGAGCCAUAUAAGCCAUAUAAGAGAUGGGGGGAGAAAUUGUUCCAAAUUGGCAUUUCUGCAAUUCUUUGUGUAGCCAAUGACCCCCACUGUUGUAGGGACAGACUGUAUCGAUGCAUUCAUCUUAAUAUCCAGUAGAUCCACGGGAAAGCAGUCCAUUAUUAUUCAGUUGGAGUUUGAAUUUAACUCACAGUAUCCUCAGCCAGCCAGGACUGUAUUAUAUAAGCUCAACAGUUAUGUAAUUAAAUAAGUUACUGAAAAGGGAACAGUUAGUUUUGGGCCGCAGUCCAACAAAUAGUGAUAAAGGGAAUUGUACAACACGCAUGUUACAGACAGAGAAGCAGAGGAUAAAGGGGCAAAGUAUUCUUAUAUUCAGCAACGCACGAUCGUAUUCUGAGAACGAAAUCUGUGGAGUUUUAGGGGUUAAU